AUGCACCUGUUUAACAGCAGUCUCGGUAACUUCAGUAUGAUGAUGGAGGUUGAGGACAGGCCCCGGGAUGAGAAACUUGCCAAAGUAGAGAUCGCGCUGCUCAGUGUUAUCUUCGUAGCCGCCUCUAUCCUGAACACCGGGCUAUUACUGGUUCUGUGGAAGCGGCGCAAACAGGUCUCCAGGAUGCGUGUCUUCGUGUUCCAUCUGUGCAUCGCAGACCUGGUGGUUGCGUUUUUCCAGGUUUGCCCGCAGCUCAUGUGGGAAAUUACUGACAGGUUCAUUGGACCAGACCUGGUGUGCCGCUUGGUGAAGUAUCUGCAGGUAGUGGGCAUGUUUGCGUCCACCUACAUGAUGGUGGUGAUGACCAUUGACCGCUACCAGGCUAUAUGCAACCCCAUGGUCAAGUUUCGGAGGAAGCACGCGCGCUGGAACAUCCCAGUGUGCGUCGCCUGGACGAUCUCCCUCGUGGGCGGCCUGCCUCAGAUGUUCAUCUUCUCGAGGGUCCAGGUGGCGCCCGGGGUGUUCGACUGCUGGGCGGACUUCAUCCAGCCCUGGGGCCUGAAGACCUACAUCACUUGGACCACGCUGGUCAUCUUUGUCUUACCCAUUUUGACUGUGGUGGUGUGCCAGGUGCAAAUAUGUCGAGCCAUCCAGGUCAACCUUUAUCUAAAGACGCAUCAGGAGGGGGGCAACGGGGUGGCCUUUCGACUGCCCUCCAGAACCAGCAGCGUGGCCGGGGUAUCCAAAGCACGAAUCAAGACCGUGAAGAUGACGGUGGUUAUUGUGUUCGUCUAUAUCAUCUGCUGGACUCCGUUCUUCAUGGUCCAGCUUUGGUCUGUUUGGGACAUGGACGCGCCGACGGAAACGACAACGUUCACCAUCCUGAUGCUGUUGGCGAGUCUGAACAGCUGCACAAACCCCUGCAUCUACCUGCUCUUCAGCGGCCAGCUGCCCAAGAAGCUGGAAACGGUGCUGUGCCGGAGUCCGUCCGAAGUGAAAGACUCCAUUAAUGAUGAGGCCGCGGUGGUCAGCUCGCUCUACGUGAGCUUCAAAAGCAUUUCCGACUACAAAUAG